AUAAUAAUUUUAAUCUAUGAACCAAACGGCUCCUAAAUAGUAGUUUCAGUCGUCCAGUCGUCUUCCUCACUCCCAUGGCGGCCCUAUCGGCAGUCACUUCUCCUCCUUCACUCUCAACUUCAAACCCUAAUUCCGCCAUUACAAAUCCCUCAGGAAGUUCUGAUUCCAUCUCAUCCACCACCGCAAAGUCCGCCCCCGACGCCAACCCUAACCCUGACCUCCAUAGCUAUUCUCUGCUCAACCUCAGCUUCGGCCACGACCGGUCCUUCUUCUCCGCAUGCACGGACCGCGGCCUCCGCGUUUUCAGCUGCCAUCCCUUAGCCGAGAUUUACCGCCACGACUGCCAUCCCUUAGCCGAGAUUUACAGCCACGACGGCAGGGGACUCGGCUCCCUCUUCCGUUGCAACGUCUUGGCCGUGGUCGGCGGCGGGCCUAACCCUCAGUCCCCUCCCAACAAGGUCAAGCUAUGGUGCGACGUCCAGGGCCGCUUCGUCGGCGAGCUCGCCUGCCGCUCCACUGUCCUCGCAGUGCGGCUCCGCCGCGACCUAAUCGUCGUCGUGAUGGAGCGUAAAGCUCUGGUUUUUAACUUCUCGGACUUUAGGAUUUUGCGCGAGAUCGAGACGGCGGCAAACCCCAAGGGGAUUUGUGCCGUCUCGGAAUGGGGGUGGUCGGCGGUGCUCGUUUUUCUGGGGUUGCAGAGAGGGCAGGUCAGGGUUGAGCAUCACGCGGCGAGGAGGACCAAGUACAUUGAGGCUCACGCGUCAGAUAUCGCUUGCUUGGGGCUCACGCAAGACGGCCGGUUCCUCGCCACGGCCAGCACCAAGGGGACUCUUGUUAGGAUUUUCAGAACCGCUGAUGGAACCCUACUUCAAGAGGUAAGGAGGGGUGUGGAUAGAGCUGCGAUCCAUUGUUUGGCAUUUUCUUCCACUGCCCAGUGGUUGGCAGUCUCAAGUGACAAGGGUACUGUUCAUGUCUUCAGCCUUAAGGUUAAUUCUGAGACCCCUGAGAAUGCAAAGUCACGAAGUGUAUCCAGUUUUGCUUUCGCUGUUACAUCUCUAUCUAUCAUCAAAGGAGUUCUGCCCAAGCAUUUCAGCUCAGAGUGGUCAGUGGCUCGGUUUCGCUUGAGAGAGGAUUCUCGAUUUAUUGUUGCUUUUGGUCACGUGAGAAACACGAUUAUAAUUCUUGGAAUGAAUGGCAGCUUCUACCGGUGCUUGUUUGACCCCAUGAAGGGUGGAGAGAUGACUCAGCUGGAACAUCAAAACUUUCUAAAUCUAGAUUAAGCAUCUUA